UGAAUUUAAAACUAAAAAUUUGAAAUUAAUGAGUCAUUAUCCUUAUGGUCUUGUAUCUCCACAACGUUCUGUAUACCCUUAAGCAUAUUACCCUUAAUCUAUGCCUUAAUAAAGAUAAGUCGUCCCAAAUUCAUUGCCAAACCAAGUAAUUAAUUUAAAUAUCGAUAAAAUAGGUGUAUCGCCAACCUCCUGUUGUGAGACCUCCUCCCUAACCAUUUUAUCCUUAAUAUCAAAAGCCAAAUCAAUGUGUACCUACUAAUUAUGGUCAAAGUCCAGUCAAACCAUAAUCAGCUUUACAAUAAUCUUAUCCUAACAAUUAAUAAAAUUAAAGACAUCCUUAUUAUCCACCUUAAGUUUUUAAUUAACAAUAGCCUAUUACCAGACCUACUAUGCCAUAAUACUAAAUUCCUGCUUAAACAAGAGCAACUGCCUAAUAUAAUUAUUAACCAUAACAACAACAGAUAUAAAAACAGAUACCUUAGUCAUAUAAUAAGAAUUAGAUGAUUCCACCACCAAAAUAAACUUCAUAAUAAUUAUUACCAACUUAAACAAAACCUUAAUCCCCUCCUUCUUAACAUAAACCAUAAUCCCAAUAAUAAUAAAAAUUAUAAGUUCCUUAGCAAUAAAUUAAUAAGGUCCCUUAAUAAUAAAAAUAACCUCAGAUGUCUUAAAAAGAUGAUGAUUUAGAAAAGAAAUUUUAAGAUGCCAUUGAUAGAACUAGGGAUCUUGUUUAAAAAUAUUAAAAUCCAUAAUAAAAAUAACAACAACAAUAAUAAUAAUAAUAAUAAUAACAAUAACAAUAACAACCUAAAUAAUAACCUAAAUAGGAAUAACAUACAAAUAAACCUUAAGAUAAUAAUGAUUAGUUAUAAGACUUAGCUCUCUAAUAUGAAGAUGGUUAUAUUUAUAGAGGUUAAGGAAUUGAACCAGCUACCAGAGAAGGCUAUGGUAUAUUAACAGAUUAAAAUGAAAAUACUGUUUAUGAUGGCUAAUGGAAAGAUAAUCAAUAUCAUGGCUAAGGAAAAUUAAUUAAUGUUUAAGCAGAAUAGUUUGAAGGUCCUUUUGAUUAUUAAGAUUUAAGUGUGAUUGAAAAUGGUUGGUUAGGUUAUGAAGGUACUUUUAAUAAUUAUAUUAAAAUAGGUGAAUUUUCAGAAGGUAAAAUGAGUGGGUUUGGCAGAUUAUAAUUAACAAAUGGAGAAAUAUUUGAAGGUUAAUUUAUUGAUGGUAUGAUUCAUGGAGAAGGUAUAUAUUCAGCUGUAAAUGGAUUAACUAUUAAAGGAGUAUGGUAGGAAGGAGUAUUAACUUAAGUUUUUGCAUGAUUCAAAC